AUGAGGCUCCUCGCCGCCGCUGCGCUGCUAUUGACUAGCUGCGCUCAAGCUAUCAGUUCCAAUUCUACACAUUCCCCGACGGCACGCGCUUUACCAAACGAUUUUAGCCCUCCCCAGGUGUUUAAGAACUUGAAUCUUCUUAAACACAUCAACCUUGAGAAAGGAUACGUUCGAGAGACCGUCAAUGUAUUAAUAGAGAACAUUGACCAACAGCCGCAGUCGAAAUACUACGUGCCCUUCUCGAAUGCGUUGAUAGGCAAGGUCGGAGGAUUUGAAGCCUGGGAGAAGAAUGCCGAAAAGAAUGGAAAAUUCGAAGUAGAGACUACACAAUUUCUCCCUCAGAGCCAAUAUUUCAUCAUAAAUAUCCCCAAACCUCUCGAGCCUUCAUCGCGCUUGACUUUAAGCAUCUCAUAUUACCUCCUCUCCGCCCUCGCCCCUCUCCCUCCUGCCAUUGAACAGAAUGAUAAACAAUACUUCACAUAUACCUUUUCCGCCUAUGCACCGUCUGCAUACCUCACGGCUAUGCAACGGACAAAAGUCAAAUUCCCUGUCGCUGAUAUCCCUGAAUAUACCACUACAAACGGGCUGAAAACUGGUCCUGGUCCCGAUCCUGAGAAGCAAGGGACAACUUUCACGUACGGCCCAUAUAACACCAAAGAUGUGGCUCCUGGCACGGUCGAGCCCAUCACCGUUCGAUACGAAUUUACGCGGCCUAUUAUCACCGCGACUCUCCUCGAACGCGAUCUCGAGGUAUCCCACUGGGGCGGCAACCUCGCUACAGAAGAUAGAUACUGGCUCCAAAACAACGGCGCUCACCUGGCCAAACAAUUCUCCCGCGUCGCCUGGUCCAUGAAGACACUGCAAAACUCUCCAAGCGUUGCCAUCAGCGCGCUCAGAAUCGGUUUGAAACCAGGCGCCGUCGACCCUUACUUCACCGAUGAGAUUGGAAACGUAUCAACCAGCCGGUUCACUCCUGGCCAGGGAACUCGCGGCGCCAUGCUGGACAUUCGUCCCCGCUACCCAGUCUUUGGUGGCUGGAAGUACAGUUUCCGAAUUGGCUGGAAUGACGCCCUUUCUUCAUUUUUGCGCAAGGCGAAAUCAGGAGAUACUUAUGUUCUCAAGGUUCCGUUCCUCGAUAGCCCGAAAAUGCCCGAGGGUGUGCAAUACGAAAAGAUCGAUUUGCGCGUCAUUCUCCCCGAAGGAGCCAGAGAUGUAAAAUUUGAAUUAGCCGGAGGCGUUGGCCUGCCAAAUGAUGUCCAAUCUGAAAUUACUCUCUCCAAGUCCUUUAUGGAUACGGUCGGGAGGACGGUGCUCAACUUGGCCAUGGAGAACGUGGCUGAUGAAGCAAGGGAUGCGCAAUUAAUUGUUACAUAUAAUUACCCGUUUUUCGCCUCGUUCCGUAAACCGCUGACAAUUUUUGCGGGCAUGCUAAGUGUUUUCAUUGCUACGUGGGCGAUUGGGAAUAUAGAUGUCAGUAUUAAAAAGAGAUAA